UUGGUCAAGGCUGCCGGCUAGCACCACAGCUUGUGCUCUCUAGUCGGUGGUGGGAGCAGUCGGAUUUGCCGCCGCUCUCAAGAUGGCUUGGGUCUGGACUGCGCCACAACCUCUUGAGAGACGUGGGUCUUCGGAUCCUCUUUAGUGCCGGAGUUGGGGUCGCAGGCAGCUUGGAGGCAGCGGGAACACAGAACCUCUGGAUGGACUCCUCCUGGGAAGUUUUGCUAAUUUGCAGCACUUGGACAAUGUUCCUCAUUAAUACCUGUGUGUCAGCGUAGUCGUGACAUCAUUUCACUGUGGUGGCAGGGACUUAGCUCCGAAUUAUAAAGAAAAAAACACCUGGAUCCCAGUCUAUCAAUGGCUUCAAGACAACCAGAAGUACCUGCUCUUGGGCCUAGCGGGCCUCUAGGCAAGAUGUCCCUGCCCAUCGGGAUGUGCCGCCGGGCAUUCAGCUAUGAUGAUGCCCUUGAGGACCCUGCACCCAUGACUCCUCCUCCAUCGGACAUGGGCAGCAUUCCCUGGAAGCCAGUGAUUCCAGAGCGCAAGUAUCAGCACCUUGCCAAGGAGGAGGAAGGAGAGACCAGUGUAUCCCCCCAUGCCAUGACCCUGUCAACGGUCACUGACAUUACGGACAAGGUCCCGGUGGUGAAGGCCAAAGCUACCCAUGUCAUCAUGAAUUCUCUGAUCACAAAACAGACACAGGAGAGCAUUCAGCGUUUUGAGCAACAGGCAGGACUGAGAGAUGCUGGCUAUACACCCCACAAGGGCCUUACCACUGAGGAAACCAAGUACCUCCGAGUAGCAGAAGCACUCCAUAAACUAAAGCUACAGAGUGGAGAGAUAACAAAGGAGGAGAAGCAGCCUGCAUCAGCCCAGUCUACCCCAAGCAGCACCCCUCACUCUUCCCCUAAGCAGAGGCCCAGAGGCUGGUUUUCUUCUGGUUCCUCUACAGCCUUACCUGGUCCAAAUCCUAGUACCAUGGAUCCUGGAAAUGGAGAUAAGGACAGAAACUCAUCAGAUAAAUGGAGCCUUUUUGGUCCAAGACCCCUUCAGAAGUCUGAUUCUGGAGGUUUUGCCAUCCAGGCCUACAAAGGAGCCCAGAAGCCCUCUCCCAUGGAGCUGAUCCGUGCUCAGGCCACCCGAAUGGCUGAAGAUCCAGCAACCUUCAAGCCGCCCAAGAUGGAUGUCCCAGCCAUAGAAGGGAAAAAACAACUGCCACGGACCCAUAAUCUCAAACCACGUGACUUGAAUGUGCUCACACCCACUGGCUUCUAGAGUGCUUUCUGUCCCAGGGACUUGGGAUAGAGGGUUUCUUGUCCUUUACUCCUCUUUUACCUUGGCUCUGACAUAGGAAAGAUAUAUUUAAACAAAACAACAACAACAAAAAAAAAACAGGCUAGAGGUGGAGAGUUAAUUAAUUCUGAGAAACAUCAGUGCAGUUUGU